AUGGACCCCCAGACUUUAACGAACCUCUUCUCAUGCACGUUUAGCCCGGAUCCAAAUGUCCAGAAGAGGGCUGAACUCGAGAUCCGCAAGCUCGGCGGGGAGGAGGGAAUGGUCACGACCGUUCUCCAAAUCAUCGGGAACGAUAACGUCGAUCUCCCCACCCGCCAGGCCGCUGCGGUCUACCUCAAAAAUCGCGUGUACUCGUCCUACUUUGUCGAUACGGUCGCGCGUCCCGACCAAGCCCCCAUCUCCCCCACCGACCGCAACAACCUCAAGAUGUCGAUCCUACCCCUCAUUGCCGCGUCGGCGUCGCGUGCGAUUACCGUGCAGCUUGCGGGUGCGCUGAAGAAUGUAGUGGCGCGCGAUUUCCCGGAGCAGUGGCCGAACCUAGUAGACGAUGUCAAGAAGCUCCUCGCGAGUGGCAACGUGAACGAGGUUCACGCGGGAUGCGUGACUAUCCUCGAGAUGGUGAGGGCCUUCAGGUUCCGCCAAAACAACGAUGUCUUGCCCAAGCUGGUCGAGGAGUUCUUCCCCACUCUCGUCGACAUCGCCUCCCGCGCACUUUCUAACGCUCCCGUCAGCACUAGCCAGGAGGCCCCCACUAUUAUUCACCUCAUCCUGAAGACUUACUCCACGAGCAUCAUCCUCCACCUAAGUGCCCACCAACAGAGCUCAGACAGCCUUGUGCCCUGGGGUCGUUUCCUCUUCCAGGUUGUGAACUUGCCGAUCCCGAAGGAGGCCGUACCCGAAGAUGAGGAGGAGCGGGAGCGCAGUGAGUGGUGGAAGGCGAAGAAGUGGGCGUACAAGAUCCUCGGCCGCCUCUUCCACCGCUUCGGAAACCCGUCGCAGCUGCCGAGCAGCCUGCAGAAGGACUACGGCCCUUUCGCGCAGCACUUUGUGACCAACUACGCCCCGGAGAUCUUCAAGAUUUACCUGCAGCAGAUCGAGCUGUUCGUGUCCGGCUCCGCGUGGCUGUCGAAGAAGUGCCAGUACAGGAUCUUCGCGUACUUCACGGAAUGCGUAAAGCCGAAGUCUACUUGGGGCCUACUCAAGCCGCAUUUCGAGAACUUGGUUUCCUCGUACGUGUUCCCUCAGCUCUCCUUCAACGCCACCAAGCAGGAGCAGUGGACCACGGAUCCUAUCGAGUUCGUCCGCACGACCGUCGACGAGUUUGAGGCGUUCGACAGCCCUGUUUCCGCCGCUACCUCGUUCCUGUUCUCCCUCGCCAGCAACAGGACGAAGACCACCUUCCUCCCCAUCCUCGGUUUCAUUAACCGUGUCCUCCAGUCCAAGCCCGCUGCUCCCCAGCGGUACGGUGCUCUCAACAUGACGGCCGCCCUCGGACCGUUCAUCAUGCGCCACCCCGAAGUUAAGGGUAACAUGGAGCAGUUCAUGAUCCAGAACGUCCUCCCGGAAUUCACCGCCACCGAGCCGUACAUGCGCGCUGUGGCGAGCGAGGUCUUGGGUACCGUCAUCAAGGCUGGCUUCAAGUUCUCGAACGAGCAGCACUUGCAUCAGCACUUCACCGCUGUCGCUGCUGCGAUCGACAACCCGGAGCUGCCCGUCCGCGUACACGCCUGCUUGGCUCUCACUGAGAUGGUCACUGACUCGCCGACUGUCAAGACCGCUGUCGCUCCUCAGGUCGGCAAGGUCAUUCAGACCCUUCUCAAGCUGUCGGAAGAGACCGACCUCGACAUUCUCAACCACUGCAUGGAGAGCAUGGUCGACACCUACCAGACCGAGCUACUCCCCGUCGCCGCUGAGCUCACUGCCCGUCUGUGCGAGACCUACGCACGCCUUGCGAAGGAGAGUCAGACCGCCGACGAGACUGAGGGCAUCGACCUUGACUCCAUCAUGGAGGGCGACGCGAACGAGGACAAGACGUUCGCCGCCAUGGGUGUUGCGAAGACGAUCAGCACGGUCGUGAACGCCGUUGACUCCUCCCCCGAGAUCCUUGCGCAGAUCCAGGAGAUCAUCAUCCCCAUCGUCGUGCUGACGCUCGAGAACAAGCUGCUCGACCUGCUCGACAACAUGUACGACCUCGUGGACGCGCUCACGUACAAGCUCCGCAGCAUCUCGCCCAACAUGUGGCCGGUGUUCGAGCUCACGUACAAGCUCUUCAAGGCUGACGCUGUCGAUUUCCUCGAUGAGAUGCUGCCCUCGCUCGACAACUUCGUGUCGUUCGGCACGGAGAUGUUCAAGGCUCGCGCCGACUACAGGCAGAUGGUGCUCGACAUCUACCAGACCUCCAUCACUAGCGACCACCUCGGCGAGAACGACGCCGUCAACGGCUGCAAGCUCGCCGAAUCGAUCCUGCUCAACCUCCGUGGCUGCGCUGACGACGCUCUUCAACCGAUUGUGGCCACCGCCUACUCCAUCGUGAACAAGACGAACACGAAGGCGCUCCAGGUCGCGAACAACAACGUCCUCGUCAACGCGAUCCUGUACAACCCCGCCGCGACGCUGCAGUUCCUCGAGCAGGUCGGGCCCGGCUCCGCGCGCACGUUCUUCGAUGAGUGGUUCGCGGCUAUUGCUGCGCCGUCGCGCCUUCCGCGCGUGCACGACAAGAAGCUGAGCAUCAUGGCUCUCUGCGCGCUCAUGGAGAUGGACCCCGCGGGCGUGCCCGCGUCGAUCCAGGACGGGUUCCACAACAUUGUUGCGGGCGCGUUGCAGCUCUUCCAGGAAUACCCCAAGGCCGUGCAAGCACGCAAGGAGCUCGAGGAGGCGUUCCAGAACGACUCCGAUGAUGAAGGCGAGGAGGACGACUCCAAGUACCUCAACAUGAACGAGGAGGAUGAUGACGUCUGGGAUGAGGACUCCGCGUACGUCGAGAUGCUCGCGAACGAGGGCCAGCGCCUCCGCGAGAAGUCAGCCAAGGCUGAGACUGGAGAGGACUUCUCUGACGACGAGGAAGAGGACGAUAUCGACGAGGAGCUCGGCUACAUCAGCCCUCUCGAUAACGCUGACCCCUACGUCUCCUUCAAGCAGGCGUUGACCAGCUUCCAGAUGAAGAACUCCCAGGGCUACCAGCUGGCGACGACCUCGCUCUCUCCCGACCUGCAGACGUUCCUCAUGGAGGUGAUGCGCCUCGCUGAGGAGCACGCCGCGCAACCCGCCGCGUCGUAGACGUAGACGUGCCCCAUCUCUCCCUCCUCUGCUCGCAUUGACGCUGAUCUCAUCGCUCUCGCUCUCGAUAUCAUACAUCUUACCAGAGUGUUUCUAAUCUCUCGCACGCAUGGGGCCGCACGGAAUGACAGAACGAACCACAUGAAUAUCGCAUUGCUAUACUUCAGAGUAGUAGCAGUAGUUGUACAGGCGAGUGCUACAGAAUGACGAUGAUGACCGCUACGACGUGUACCAUACAAAGGCC